CAGGAAGUCAAUGAAAAUGAAAAACACGUCAGAUUUGGAUAUGAAUUAUCAUCCACAAUUCGUUACUGUUUUCUUAUAUUUUCAAGUUUACCAUGUAUUGAUACAGUUAUUUAUCUUGAUGGAUUUUACAUUAUUAUAUGGACUUUUUAAUAAAACAGUGUGAAACAUGUUGAAACACAGUGUACAGACAUUUACCAUGCCGAAUGUGCCACGCAGCGUAAGUAACAAUUCUGGAACUCAAGAUGUCACACCGAACGCAACUGUUAAUUAUUCUGGCCCUCCAACUGAUGAAGUAAAUUGUGCUGGUACUCUGCAGAUUGAACCCGCUGGUACCGACAACUAUCAUGGUUUCCAGUUCGGGACGCCACAUGACAACGCCAAUUAUUUAAGUGCGCAGACUGAACAACAUACCGAUAAUCAUGAUCCACCUCAAAUCGUAGACAAUGCACAAUAUAGUUCGCAACAAACAAUACAUGACCGCGAUUUCUAUGACAGUCAAGAUCAGCAAUAUAUCAUUGACACCUCGCAUUUUCAUUCAAGUAGCAAUAGUGAUUAUAAUUCCAACGCCGGUGAUCAGCAAUCGAUGGUAAAUUCACACAGCAAUGAACAGGCGUUUGAUGCUACAUCUCAAGAUAUGAAAGAAGGCGUUCCAUUGACUACGGAAAAAAGGGAUUCUUUGGAUAAACUAUCGGUAUCCCAACAAAAAUCUCCAAUGAUAUCGCCUUCUAGUGAUGGAGGAAAGUUUUCGUUUGCAGGAGUGAUAAUGUCGCAAAAAUUCCAGGAAGGUGUGACUGAACAGGAUUUGUUACAAGUGGACACAUUCUACCGAAGUCAUAAGUCUGAGGUAUAUGUAUGUGGUUGUUUAGCUAACAUGUAUUUCGGAUCGGCGAACGCUGCUAAAACUAAUGACCAGUGGGCUUUCUCUAGCACGGGGAUUCCUCUGUUGGUAUUGGAUACUGGGGAGCACCACAGAGAAAGAAAAUUGUACAUAAUUCUAGCGGAGAAAGGAACUGGUUUCACAAUGUGGCGGGAUGUGAUAGACAGCCAGACCUAUUACCAAACUCCAAAUGCUAAUUUCCACACAAUGCGUACAUCGAAAGAUCACUCGAAAUUAGCUGGAUUUAGUUUCGACGAUGAUAAAGCUGCAUCAGAAUUUUAUGGUCAUAUUCACAAACUUACUGCUGAUCCAGACGAUGAACUGCUGAAAAUUGGAAAAUUCAAGAAGAAAAAAUCGAUUAAAGAUAGGAAAAAGAAAAUGAAAUUACCUAAAAAGACUGAAAUUUCACAACCUUGUUGCUUUGUUCAUGUAACUAAACUAGAACCACCAAUAAUAGAAGAAAGCGAAACAAGUUCACCAACAGCAACUUCAAACCCAAAUGAAAUUUCGGCACCGUUUAAUUUUCAGUACAUGACCGGCCCAGCUGGAACCAGAAAUGAUCCAUUAAAUCUGACUGGAAGUAAAUUAACAUUGACAAGCACUAGCAGCGUGGAUUCGGGUCUGUCAGACGACAGGAGUUUUGCUAAAGCGGGAAAUUAAAGCAGCUGACACUCUUAGAAAGACAUUCCUCCCUAGUUAUAUACAAAUAUUUGUGUUUGAUCCUUCAUAGUCUGCCUUAAAGUUUACAAUCACCUGUUUAAUAACAUAAAUAAAUACUUACCAAUCAUAAUGAUGCUAAACAAGCAAUUAAACUGCUACAUAAUAAUAUUUUAAGUAAGAUA